GAUGGUUUCUGAUAUAAAUCCAUUACUAUCAAAAUCAAGAUUAUUAGAAGAAGGGAAUAAAAGAUGGCAUGAAAUCAAAAAAAAUGAACAUGAUACAUCAUUUAGUUUUAGAAAAAAUCUAAGCAAACCUUCAACCACUUUAGAUAAAUCAGCAUCUGUUUCUUGUCUUUUAUCUUCAUUUUAUAAAUAUAAAAUACCUUCUAAUGCUACAGCCCAAAAAGCAGCAUAUAAAAAAAUUAAAGAUGCAAAGUCAAAGGUUAUUGAAAUUGUAUUCUUAUUUAAUCUAGCCACAGAUAUAAAUAUUUGA